CCAGCCCCCCUGCUCGGCUAUUUCGCUGGCUGGCUGUUUUGUGUUGAUUGAUGAUUGAAUGCUUACCUGUUUUCACGCAAUCUUAUCAUUUUCUCCAGUCUCUGAGUCAGUUUAUAUUCAUUUUAGGUUUUCCUAGUUAUGUGUCAUGGUAGCCGCAUAGUAGUUUUGUCGUGUAUAUAAUGAACACUUUCAUGUUUCGGGAAACAUUUUGUGAAAAAGGAAGAAGUUGGAUUCACUUUUAUUUCUUAACAUGUGAUCAUGGAUGUAAAUAAUUAGUAAUUUAUUUCAAACAAAAUGGACGUAAUAGGCUCUAUUAGUGGAUGUGAUGUGAAGUGACUCCUUUUUUGGUUCUUUGCCUGUACGACUUUUUUUAUGUGAGACAGACUGACAUUCAAGCAAAUACCCCAAACACUUGCUCGAGCUUCGAAAAAAAAACGUUACGUGUCCUGCUACAUGAUGUGCCAAGAAAAUCUCAAGUCACAGCUGUCAGGUCUGCUCUCAAGCAAAGGAAAGGGACCCUAUCCAAGUAUCAUGACUUGAAUCUCCAUAGAACCUCAUACUGAAUAAACUAGGGCUAUAUUUAAUUAAUUUUCCAUUUGUUUCCUAACCAGCCCCGGGUUCCUCUAGUUAAGUGUCAAUUAACAAACCAAAGCCAAUAUUUUAAAAAGUGUAUAGGGUCUCGAUAUAAACGAAAUAAGAAAUUAUAUAUUUUUCUUAACCAAAGCUAGUCUAAGAUGUCGAAUCAAAUGCCGAUUUAUAGUCAAGUAGUGCCGAAGUCUCAGUUCAAAGGUAAAAAUUCUAAAAGUAUGGCCACAAGGGAGUCGAGGGGACAGAAUCUAGCGAGAGCAGACUUUGAUCCUUUGAAUUUCAAUCACGGCGGUAACAUACAGCUGAUGAAUGCGCCUUUAGAGAAUAGAAUUGAGAAGUUAGAGAAGAGGGAGUCGAGAAGGAAGGAAGAAACUAGCAGGUCGAGACGGAAAAAUGACUCGAGCGAGGGAAAAGUUGAGGCUUAUUUAAGGCAGAACCAAGUCAGCAUGAGGCAACAGCAGCACAGACAUUCCGCUGUAAGGCAAGCUGAGCAUAGAGUCAACCUUAGAUCUCUUCCUUUAAACGAAGUAUCAACUCCUCGAGGCCACGAUAGAACACCUACAGAUAGGCAUCGAGGCUUUCCAGAGAGAGAACGAGACGGCUGCAGAGAGUACCGACGUGAGAGAGAAAGAGAUAAAGAUCGAGAAAGGGACAAUUUCGAUUUUGAUGGUACACCAUUAAGUCCGAUAGCAUCACGGGCUCACGAUAAAGAUUCUAACCGGCCAGUGCGUAAGUCUUCAUCAGCCCACAAAGUGACUGAGGCGACUAUAACGACAGACAAGCGACGUUUCUUCUGCAGGGAGUGGGCUUUUCAGAAGAUUGCUCAUUGUCUUGAACAGAGGCCUGUUAGCAAGACGUGCGGGGCCCUUAUACUAGGAGACGCUGGUAGUGGUAAGACAGCUCUAUGUCAGGAGUUGAGUCAGCCGGGACAGGGUCCGCAGGCGCGACAACAGCGCGCUUUGAACAGGCGAUUGUUGGCACGAUAUUUUAUACAGGGUGACAAUGAGAACAGUCUUCGUCCCGGUGAGUUUGUGCGUUCUGUCGCUAUGCAGAUCUUAAGUCACUCAUCUCGACGACCACGUACCGACGCUGAGCGUGAUCAGUCGCCGAGGGAUGAUUCUACACCGCUUACUAAUAGACGUAAUUCAGAAGAAGAACGAUUAAUACAGCGGUUCAGUGAACUAGGAGAUGAUGGCGAGGAGAGCUCCAAGCCGUUGCUUGCUGAUAGUGAGGCUGAGCAGCGUACAGACGAGGAGGAGUGCGGCAGCGGGCGACGCACGCGCACUAUAGACCGCAUACAUGAGCGCGACGCCUACACUGACUCCAUGCCCGCCGCCUCCAUGCUGCUGCAGCAUGAUGAUGCAGCACUCACACAUACUGAUGAUUUGCCAGAAAUCUUGCCACGUUCGAGCGUGAAAGCUACAAAUCCUUUCAUGAAUGAUGAAAAUAAUCCCGAUUUCCGUUUGUAUGAAAAUCACGAGAAUCUAUUUCUACGUAACAUUUCUCAGCGUCAAUCCAAAGAAAUGAGGAAUUCACGUCUUUUGCGACAAAGCUCCGAGCCAUUGACUGAGAAGAAGCCAUCGUUAUUACAAAAAAGUCUAUCGACGGAACAAAAAAACGACAGUUCCAGUGAAAAUGAGAAGCCUAAAGUCGAAAAUAGUCCACCGAAAUCCAGAAUACCCGUCGCCAACUUCCGAUAUCCGAAUAAAAGCGAAUUACGUCCUAAUUCAAAUGAAAGUUCUCCACAUAAACGAUUAGAUGAUAAAAAAGAACCACCAACAUCGCCUAGAGGAGAAGAAACCGAACAUCCAGAGUACCAAAAUAUAUUAGCACAAGAGGAAGCAAACGAACAAAUUGAUAUAGAGAAGUUAUUAGAAAAAAAACGUUCAGAGAGUGAUGAUAUGCCUCCUCCUAUUCCUAGUUUACCUAUCAGUCCUAGGACGUUGAUAGCUAACGCAUAUUACGAUAAGCUGUUAUCAGAACCGGAGAUCCAGCAAGCUUUACUGCCACAUCAUUUAGAGAAGAAUCCAGAUGAAUGCUUUAAGAAAGCUCUGCUGUUCCCAUUACUUGAAAUCGAUCCGCCGAAACAAUGUUUGUUUUUACUUGUUGAUGCAAUCGAUGAAGGAUCUAUAAGUGGUCAAACUCAAAGUGAGAGUUCGGACAGCGUUGCGGCUCUGCUAGCUCGUCACCAGCACUUACUGCCGCAUUGGUUACUGCUCGUCUGCACGGCGCGACGACAUUGCAAGGGGCUUACUAAGAUGUUCACUGGGUUCCGUAAGAUAACACUAGACGAGCUGCAACGUGCACACGUGUCUGCCGAUGUGCAGCGCUACGUGCUUGCACGUCUCGACACCGAACCCAAACUAAGAGCCCGUGUGUCGAGUGACUCCGCUGCGGCGGCUGCAGCUGCGGCAGCUCUCGACCAUCUCCGCAUUAAGAGCGAUGGCUGCCUGCUGUACUUGGAAAAGGUACUGGAUGGUGUAGCGGAUGGAUUUAUCGCAUUGCGAGAGAUAAGAGAAAUACCGGGCACCCUCAACGGGCUGUAUCUAUGGCUGGCACAGAGAUUGUUUCAUGGACGACGAUUCACUAAGGUCCGUCUCCUGCUGGACGUGCUGCUAGCGGCACGGUGCGGCGUCACCGAGGAGAUGCUAUACAAGUGCCUGCUCACCAAGGAGUACAGCGUCACUAGAGAAGACUUUAAUAGAAGACUGCAUCUGCUCAGGAGGAUCCUGGUGAUGGAGCGGUCGACUGGAUUCCUGUCAAUCUUCCAUCACUCGUUCGCCGCAUGGCUGGUGGACGUGAAGCACUGCACGCGCCGCUAUCUCUGCUGCCCGCCUGACGGACAUGCCGCCCUCGCUAUGUACUACACGCUUGAUGCUAAAAGAUUAAGUGCAUUGGAGAUACACAACUAUGUAUAUCAUAUGACUCAUUUAGAACAACAUAUGGCCGCGCAGAAGAAAAAUAAACAAGAAGAUCAAGACGAAUCAUUGGAUCUCCACACGCUGAUCUUACUAUGGGUGUUGGAUUCGGGAUGUGAUGUAGAAUCAGCUUUGAAGAGAGAAACUGAAACAAUCAAACAAAUUGAACAUACUGAUUCUGAAAAUAACGAAAUAAAGCCGGAAGAAAAGGAAUUGGAUCCAGAAUCUGAAGGCAAGGAUUCCUUAUCAGAGCCGUCAGCAUUAGAGUCGCUAAUGCCGGAGCUAGUGAGCGGCAGUGAGGCGCAGUGGCCGCGUGACAGACGCGUGAUGCGCGCGUUGCUGGAGCUGAGCCGUGCAGAGCCCACACCCAACGUGUCAGACAGCGAGCACAUUGAUGAUAUACAGGAUUUACAUGAUUUAUUAUCAAGUGAGCAGGCGAUGGAGGGUGAAGAGAUGCAGGAGGGGAGCGCGGAGGAGCCGGAGGAGGUGGUGGUGGACCCCGCCACUGUCCACGAGCUCGCCACGCGCGGAGAUGAUGACACACUCUCUAUACUACUGAAGCGGUACCCGCAGCUAGCACUAGCUACAGACGCGUCAGGUAGCACAGCGCUGCACGCUGCGGCGCGGGGCGGGCGCGCGGGGUGCGCGGCGCUGCUCCUCCGUACCGGUGCUGAUGCAUCCGCCGCUGAUGCUGACGGCUGGAGUCCACUGCGAGCUGCUGCCUGGGCUGGUCAUAGCGAGGUAGUAGAAGUUCUGCUUGAACAUGGCUGUGACGUCGACUGUGUUGAUGCUGAUAACAGAACCGCACUGAGGGCGGCGGCGUGGUCGGGUCACGAGGCGGUGGUGGCGCGGCUGCUGGCGGGCGGCGCUCGGCCCGACCUGGCGGAUGCGGAGGGCCGCACGCCGCUCAUCGCCGCCGCGUACAUGGGACAUGCUGACAUUGUACGCGCCUUGCUUGACGCUGGAGCUGAUGUUGACCACUCGGAUGCUGAUGGUCGCACAGCAUUAGCAGUGGCUGCGCUGUGUGCAGCUGGUGCGCCCUGCGCCGCACUUCUCAUAGAGAGGGGUGCUGAUGUACACAAGGCGGACAGAGACCGCGCCACGCCACUACUGGUGGCCGCCUUCGAGGGGCACACUGAGAUCUGUGAGUUAUUACUGGAAGCUGAGGCGGACAUAGAGGCGAGCGACAUGGCGGGGCGCACUGCACUGUGGGCGGCCGCGUCUGCAGGACACGCGCGCACCGUACGCCUGCUGCUCUUUUGGGGUGCUUGCGUCGACAACAUGGACGCAGAGGGCAGGACUGUGCUCAGUACUGCAGCCGCACAAGGCAAUGUGGAAGUGGUCAGACAGCUGCUUGACCGUGGUCUCGACGAACACCAUAGAGAUAAUUCUGGCUGGACUCCACUCCAUUAUGCUGCUUUUGAAGGUCACAUAGAGGUGUGCGAGGCGCUGCUUGAAGCGGGUGCGAAGGUGGACGAGGCUGACAACGACGGCAAGGGCGCGCUGAUGCUGGCAGCGCAGGAGGGGCACACCCGCCUCGUAUCGCUGUUACUCGACGACUGGGCUGCGCCUGUAGAUCAGCACGCGCACGACGGCAAGACUGCACUUAGGUUGGCAGCAUUGGAAGGCCAUUUCGAGACGGUCGCAGCGCUGCAGGAGCGUGGUGCGGAUGUGGACGCACUGGACGCGGAUCGGCGUAGUACGCUGUAUGUGCUGGCGCUGGAUAACCGGCUCGCUAUGGCGCGCCAGUUGCUGACUUGCGGCUCCAGCGUGCACUGCAGCGACAGCGAGGGUCGCACACCGCUACACGUAUCCGCCUGGCAAGGUCACACGGAAAUGGUGAAUUUACUUAUAACUGUCGGUGGCGCUCGUGUGGACGGUCGUGAUCGUUGCGCGCGCACGGCGUUGCAUGCGGCGGCGUGGCGGGGCAGGACAGCGGCGCUGAAGGCGUUACUGCGGCAUGGUGCUUCGCCCUCCGCUGUUUGCACGCAGGGUGCUACGCCCCUUGGUAUCGCUGCACAAGAGGGACACGAAGAAUGCGUGCUGUGGCUUCUACAACAUGGCGCUGAUCCCAUGCAGGCUGAUCACUGCGGUCGUACUCCAGCUAAAGUUGCGUGGCGCGCAGGACACGCCAACAUCUGCCGCCUGUUGGAGCGCUGGGCGGCGCCAUCUGCACCCGCUGUGCCUGUAGCGACUGCAGCGCCACCUGUGUCCACUUUAGACGAACUGCCGCGACCUAGACCUGCUGGAUCUCCGGACUAUAAACGGCGCAGUGUACACAGUUCUAAUUCGACAAAAUCUUCUUCCAACCUGACGGGUGGCUCUGCACGCUCCCAUGAACAACCAGAACAAGAUAUACCCAUACAUGAUAAGAUGAAUCGAGCCAACCUAUCGCUGUCAUUCGCCCAGCAAGUGGCGCGAUGUGGGCGGAGUCGACGUGAGAAAGAGCGAGACGAACCUAUACCGGAACAUCACGCGGUAGAAAAAGAUGCUAAACUAAGGAGCUACAUAGCGAACGAGCGUGACGCGGAACUACAAGGGUAUGCGCGUGCGCGGGGCAGGGGGCGGGACCGGCGGCGCGAGGAGCGACACGGCUGCGAGCGUGACACCUCCCCGUUGUACGCUUCGCCCCCGCGCAGCCCCCUCAGCGAUGUCUGCAGCCCCACCGCCCCUGCCCCCGCCUCCGCUUCCGCAUCUGCCACACACGCAGCGCAGCCUCUAGCUGUAUUCGGUUCCCAGCCGGCGAGCCUGAGCGGUGUGCAGCCUGUGGUGACGGACACGCAUUUCAACCGAGACACGCAUAUGCGUAUUAUAUUAGGCCGUGACAACAAGACACCAGGAGACAGACAGGACAGCGAGGUGUGGAGUAGGCGGGGCCGGGCCGCGUACACCAGGAUAGUUGGCAGUAUCGGCAGAGCGCGAGGACGAAUAUUUAAGAAAACCAAAAACAAAAGGAACGGUAUAGUUACCAAUCCAGCGAUGCGGCUUGUGAACAACGUGAGGAAUGGACUUGACAAUGCAGCAGCGAACAUUCGACGUACUGGAGUCGCGCUCGCAGCUAGCGCCAGCUCCGCCAACCCGGCAGUCAAGACAAACGCUUUCCAGUGGCGCAAGGAGACACCACUUUAAUAUAGAUGGCGCUGUCACAAACGAACCAUGACCACAAACACGAUAUGGUUUUGUCACGUUCAAAAGUAUAAAUGGCCAAAAUGAUAAAUAAUUUGUCACACGCUACACUGACUCUGAUUAUCGUGACGGAUGAAUCAAAGUCAAUGUGCACUGAAUUUAUAUAAUGAGAUAUUAAAGCAAGUUUUGCUUCAAGCUCGGUCCAGACAGGUCACCGGUGGCAUUCAACCAGUUCACACGGUUUAACAUACAUGUCUUGCCGACUUUUAAAAGUAACUACGGUGCUCCGAUUUUGAAUUAUAAAAAUCGAAAGGUUUUGCUUGCAGAUGUAUCCCAUUUUUUUAUUAACGAGAACUUUAUUAGAUUUUAAGUUAAAGUCCAAAAUGCGUUACGUAAAUAUUUGAAUUUUUCGCGCUCUCUUCGCUUAUGUUAGAACGCAGCACAAACGUGUGGCUGAUGGCGGCAACUCACUAUAGUAAAAAAAAUCAUGUGAACUCGUUACUGACCACCGGUAGCUUUGUUGGUGACCCGUGUGUGCCGAGCCUUAAUUUCAACAAUCUAAAUAAUGGAUAUGUAAAUUUUCAUUCCUACAUUUGAAACGAUUAAGCUUAGAUACUGUGGAUGUUUAAAAUUAUCGAUGUUUUAUUAUAAAAAAAAAUUGCUGAAAUCGCAAUAAAAAUAUGCAAGUAGCUGUUGUAGAGUAAUAGACAUGUCGCGCUACCAAAUGUAUUCCUAGAAUGUAUAUUAAUUAUAUAUUUAUGUGCUAAAUUCACUAUUUCACUAUGGCUGUCUAUUAUAUUGAGUUAUCUCUAUGAAUUAAAAAAAAAACUAUAUUUGGAAAUUCUUAUGUUCAAACUUCAUAUGAACAUAUAAAUAUCUGCAAAUAUUUUGAACGAAUGAAAUUGUCGAAUGAAUGAAUGAAUGAAAAACUACACGGAGACUGAAGUGAAUGAUGAAAUGGAA